AUGAGUUGUGCGUGGGGCAUUUCGCUGCUCCUGUGGCCGCCCUGGAUCUACUCGUGGCCGUACAUCGAGGGCGAACGCACCGUGCCGGACAACGAGUGCUACAUCCAGUUCAUCGAAACCAACCACUACAUCACGUUCGGCACCGCCAUUGCCGCCUUCUACGUGCCUGUCACCGUCAUGUGCAUCCUGUACUGGCGGAUCUGGAGGGAGACGGAGAAACGCCAAAAGGACUUGCCCAACCUCCAGGCGGGGAAGAAGGACUCCAGCAAGCGCUCGAAUUCCAGGUAUGACGAGGCGGUCGACCUGGAAGACUGGAAGCGGUCGCGGUCCGAGUCGAGCACGGCCCCCGACGACGGAGAAGGAGGCUACAUGGGUCGGCCGGGCGCGCCGUUCACGUGGCGGUGGGUGCGCGCGUGGUGCGCGGCGUGGUGGAGCUCGAGCCGCGAGGAGGAGUGCGCGCCCGACCUGGAGGACACGCCCAGCGACAUGGGCUACGCCACGCCCGUCAGCGUCGAGACGCCGCUGCAGUCCAGCGUGUCGCGCUGCACCUCGCUCAACGUCAUCCGAGAUCCCUUCAGCGCGGUGCACACGCCCACGCGCCACGGCCACGCCCACGCCGGCCGCCUCGCCGCGCGCUCCGUCUCCAGCGACUCGGUUUACACGAUCUUGAUACGGCUGCCACCGGACUCGGCGAGCUGCGACUCGACGGCGGACCAGCCGUCCAUCAAGAUGAUCGCGGACGACGGGGCGGCGGCGGCGGCGACGCUGACGCCGCUGCGGGGGCGGGCGGCGGCGGCGCGCGCCGACAGCGGCGACUACUCGCUGAGCCUGCACCCCGCAGGGGCGCCCACGGCCUUCCCGUCGCCCGCGGCGGCGCGCCGCCCCUCUCACAUGCCCGACAUUCGCAUUCCGCUCAACGCCAAGAUCAUCCCCAAGCAGCUGGCGCCCGGCUCCAAGGCGCUGCUCGCUAACGCCGGCCCCAAGCUGCAGCAGCACCCCAAGAAGAAGAAGAAGACGCAGGAGAAGAAGGCCGACAAGAAGGCGGCGAAGACGCUCUCCGCCAUCCUGCUCACCUUCAUCAUCACGUGGACGCCGUACAACAUUCUAGUCCUGCUCAAGCCUCUGACCGCUUGCACCGGGUGUAUACCGGAAGAAUUGUGGGAUUUUUUCUACUACUUGUGUUACAUCAACAGCACCAUCAACCCCGUGUGCUACGCUCUCUGCAACGCGUCCUUCCGGCGCACCUACGUCCGUAUUCUGACGUGUAAAUGGCACAACCGCAACCGGUGCGCAAUGAAUCGCGGAUUCUACAACUGAUAGGAGCCGAACAGGGAGGCGCUCCAGAUGCGCACUCCCGUUACCAACAGACAUUUUCCGUGAAGGCGUCGGCCGUGUGAUCUGUUCCCACCGAGACGGAUAAUAAGAGUGGAGAACGCCUCCGACUUACCCACUCGCUCGUAUUAUCUGCGAAUGGUUUUCAUUGAGCAGUUACCGAAAGUGACACCAAUUAUCUUAGUACGACCAAAUUGU